AUGGCUACUAAGGCAAAGUUAAAUCGUCCUUUCAGUGUUUUUGUUCAUAGUGAGCAAGAUAUGAAUCAGUGUGAUGAGGUAUAUAUUGCUGAUACAGAAAAUCAUUGUAUUAGAAAAAUAAUUAAUGGUAAUAUUAUUACUAUUGCAGGUACAGGUGAAGCAGGAUUUAAUGGUGAUAAUAUUAAGGCAACACAAGCUACAAUUAAUAAACCUGUAUGUGUUAUUGUUAAUCAUAGGAAUGGAAAUGUAUAUUUCUCAGAUUUGGGAAAUAAUAGAAUUAGAAAAAUUGAUAAUAAUGGAAUAAUAUCAACCAUUGUUGGAUGUGGAGAUUAUGGACUUGUAGGUGAUGGUAAUUUAGCAAUUAAUUCUUUUUUAAAUUCACCACGUGGAAUAUGUUUAUCAAAUGAUGGAAAUUAUUUAUAUAUUGCUGAUAGAGAUAAUCAUGCAAUUAGAAAAGUUUCAUUAAAUGAUGAUGAUGAUAAUGGUUUAAUAGAAACUAUUGUAGGAAAUGGUUCAAGUGGAGAAAGUGAAAAUGGUUCAUUAGCCUUAAAUUCACAAAUUAACUGUCCAUAUGGAAUUGCAAUAUCAAAAGAUGAUGAAUUAUACUUUUCAGAAUUUUCUAAUCAUACCAUAAGAAAGAUUGAUAAAAAUGGUAAAUUAUGGAAAGUUGCAGGUAUUGAUGGUAAGAAUGGUAAUAAUGAAUAUGAUCAUCAUGCUUUUAACAAUUUACUCAAUUACCCUGCUUAUAUUUGUUUUGAUAAUAAUAAUAAUUUAUAUAUUGCAGAUAGAGAUAAUAAUUCAAUUAGAAAAAUUGAUUUAAAAACAGGAUUAAUUAAUACAGCAGUGGUCAAAGAAUUAAAUUCACCACUUGGUUGUUUUGUAACAAUUAAUAAUAUAUUAUAUAUUGCUGAUACUGAUAAUCAUCAAAUUAAAAUGAUAGAUUUAAAUAAUGAAAUAAUUACAAUAACAGCAGGAACAGGUGAAGAAGGAUACAGUGGAGAUUAUAUACUUCCAACAAAUUUAAAUAUUUAA